AUGAAUAACACCAAUCUUGUUAUAGUUUCGCUUGUAAUCGUGUUGCUAACCAUACAACCCAUCACGGCAGAUGAUCCGAAAAGGUUAAGCAGGGCGAGAUUUGUCAGCGUUCUUAGCAUCGAUGGUGGUGGUGUUCGUGGUAUCAUUCCUGGCACCAUCCUUGCGUUUCUUGAGUCCAAGCUUCAGGAAUUAGAUGGCCCAGAGGCACGAAUUGCGGAUUAUUUUGACGUGAUAGCUGGAACGAGCACCGGAGGAUUAAUGACCACCAUGCUUGCUGCUCCUGAUGAUAGAAAUCGCCCGCUUUAUGCAGCAAAAGACAUUAUAAAUUUUUACUUUCAGCAUUCUCCCCGAAUCUUCCCUAAACGAAGUCGGAGCAAGUUCGUGAAUACAGUAGCAAGUGUAUUUGGUGAGGUCGCAGGACCAAAGUAUGACGGAAAGUAUCUGCGAACAUUGACGAAGGUAUUAUUACGAAACACGACUAUCAAACAAACGUUAACGGAUAUUGUCAUACCAUCUUUCGACAUCAGACGUUUUCAACCUACAAUCUUCUCAACCUCUCAUGCAAGAGAGUUUCCUUGGAAAGACGCUUAUCUGGCAGACGUAUGCAUCAGCACCUCGGCAGCUCCAACGUAUUUCCCGCCGUACUAUUUCGAGACCAGAGAUAUUGAUGGAACUAAGCAUACGUUUGAUCUAAUCGAUGGUGGGGUCGCAGCAAACAAUCCGACCCAAAUGGCUCUCACACAUGUAACAAAGGAAGUGCUGAAUGGGAAAUACAAGUUCACGGGUUCGAGAAAUAUUGAUGGUAGAAGGAUGCUUGUUCUUUCUCUUGGUACCGGUAUGCAGAAAAGUUCUGAAAAAUAUACAGCACAGAUAGCUGCAAGAUGGGGUUUGCUCAGUUGGAUUUUCGACAACGGUUCAGCACCCAUUAUUCAUAUCUAUAGCGACGCAAGCUCUGAUAUGGUCGAUAUUCAUGUCUCUACACUCUUCCGAGCCUUCAAUGCGGAAAGGAAUUAUCUACGUAUUCAGGAAGAGAACUUGACAGGAGAAACAACUCAGAUGGAUAUUUCGACAAAUGAGAAUAUGAGGACGUUGGAGAAUAUCGGGAAGCGAUUGUUGAACAAAAGUGUAUCGAGAUUGGACUUGGAGACGGGCAUAUUAGAACCAGUGGAAGGGGAAGGUACAAACGCUGAAGCUUUAACUCGUUUCGCCCAAAUGCUUUCUGCAGAACGAAGGCGUCGUUUAGCAGCUUAA